AUGGACAUUCUGCGUCUCUUGCUUCCUCUUUUGCCUUUUAUAUUCAUAGGUCCCGGGCUAGUGGAUAGGUACAAUCUGCCUUCUUUCCUUCUUUUUCAACUGCCGAUGGUAGAUUACCGGGCGUUCUUUCUCCUGUUUCUGAGGGUGAACUAUUUUCUUACGAUGAUAGGAUUCCUGCUUCUUGCUUUGAAGGAUGUCUUUCGACUUCCACUAUUGGUGAAAGGAAGGGUUCUACUUUGUCCUACGGUUGAGGCAAUUAUGGUUCUUACUUUAGGGUCUUGGUCAUAUUCUUUCUUUCCGCCUAUGGUGGUAGUUCGCCCCACGGUAAACCUUAAGGGAAUUAGCUCACUUCCUAUUCUUCUUAUUGGUAGGAUUGCCGCCUCUUUACCUGAUCAAAGAACGUUUGCAACCGAUUCUUUGAUUGAGGCAUAUUAA